CCGGUGCUGCCGGUGCUGCCGGUACCGCUGCCGGUGCCGCCUCUGCGCCCGGCUCGGUGCCUCCCCCCGCCCCGGGACCCCGUGGACACCCCACGCAGCGCCAUCUUUGUGCAGGGCGAGGCGGCUUCACUGGUGUUGCGCAUGCGCCGAAGGGGGUUGUGUGCGUACGGGCGCAACCGGAAGUACGCAAGACGGCGCAUCCGGAAGUACGAACAUCCCGGGCGGAAGUAGGCGGGUCGGCCGCUGGAGGGUUCCAGAAGCGGCCGGAGGCGGCGGGCCCCGGGGGCGGCCGCGCCAUGGUGGACUACAGCGUGUGGGACCACAUCGAGGUCUCGGACGAUGAAGACGAGACUCACCCCAACAUCGACACGGCCAGUCUCUUCCGAUGGCGGCACCAGGCUCGCGUAGAGCGGAUGGAGCAAUUCCAGAAGGAAAAAGAAGAGCUGGAUAAAGGAUGCAGGGAAUGUAAACGGAAACUCGCCGAGUGCCAGAAAAAAAUGAAGGAGCUGGAGGUGACGGAUCCGGAGAGCGGGAAGGGGGAGCUGGAGAAGCUGCAGGCUGAAGCCCAACAGCUGAGGAAUGAAGAGAAAAGCUGGGAGAAUAAAUUGGAAGAGCUGAAGAAGAAGGAGAAGAACAUGCCCUGGAACGUGGACACCCUCAGCAAAGAUGGCUUCAGCAAGAGCGUCUUCAACGUCAAACCGGAGGAGAAGGAGGAAACGGAGGAACAGAAAGAGAAGAAACACAAAACCUUCGUGGAGAGAUACGAGAAGCAGAUCAAACACUUUGGGAUGCUGCGGCGCUGGGACGACAGCCAGAAAUAUCUCUCCGAUAACCCUCACCUCGUAUGCGAGGAGACGGCUAAUUACUUAGUCAUCUGGUGCAUCGAUCUGGAGGUGGAAGAGAAACACGCCCUGAUGGAGCAGGUAGCCCACCAGACCAUCGUCAUGCAGUUCAUCCUGGAGCUGGCCAAGAGCCUGAAGGUCGAUCCCAGGGCUUGUUUCAGGCAGUUUUUCACCAAAAUUAAGACGGCUGACCAGCAGUACAUGGAGGGCUUCAACGACGAGCUGGAAGCCUUCAGGGAACGCGUGCGAGGUCGAGCCAAGGUUCGCAUCGAGAAGGCGAUGAAGGAAUACGAGGAAGAAGAGCGGCAGAAAAGGCUGGGCCCCGGCGGGCUCGACCCCGUGGAGGUGUACGAGUCCCUCCCGCCUGAGCUGCAGAAAUGCUUUGACGUAAAAGACGUUCAGAUGUUGCAGGACACGAUCAGCAAAAUGGAUCCUACCGAGGCCAAAUAUCACAUGCAGCGAUGCAUCGACUCGGGGCUCUGGGUCCCCAACGCCAAGACAGGGGAGGGAGCCGAAAAAGGAGGCGGCGAAGCCCUUUACGAAGAAAUUAAGAAGGAAAACGGCGACGAGGAGAAAGGAAAUCCGUGAGCUGGGGGGCGGGGGGGUGUUUAAAAAAAAAAAAGCAUAAAGGCUAAAAAAAAAAGGCGUAAAACAUAAAAAAAAAAGGCGUAAAGGGGUUUCUCCCUCCCUUCUCCCCCUGUCCUGCUCCCCCUCACCGCGCUUUACACGCCGUAGAGACUUUGGGUGAACGUCCGGGAGGUGUUUGCGCCCCCUUCCCCCCCCCCCCCAGCCCGGCACAGGGGGUGCACGAGGGAGAUUUUGCCGGUGGAGAGAGGUGGGGAGGGAGGCGGAAUGGCGGCGGUUGGUGCCGGGGCUGGCGGCGGUGUGUGCCGGCGAGGCUUUGGCUCGAAUAAAGAGAUUGAAGAAA